GGGGAAGGAGCGAGUCGAAGUGAAGUUGAAACGGCCUGGCGGUUGGCGGGCAUGCAUUUUCCAUCGCUGGCCCGGAGCGUCUUGCUCACCUUGGCGACCUUGUGGCUGGAGACCGCCGCCUCCCGUACAUCUUUGGAACCGUCUAUUAAAUGUAGUUCUGAAACUGGCCCAUCUGCUGAAUGGGCAGUCAAACACCGUUUAACACCAGGAGAUCUGCAGAACCUGAGAGUUGAAGCUGUUAAAGCUGAUGUUGGGACAGAAUCUGAUCCAAUUCAUAUGAAUAUUAGCUGGAAACUUAGAGAAGAUGCAAGCAUCCGGGUGUUGACUGCUACCAAGAUCUGUGUCCUUGGGAAAGGCAGAAUCCAAACCUUCGAGUGUGUUCGAUGCAACUACACUGAUACAUUUAAAAGUCAAACUAACCCCAGUGGGGACAAAUGGCAGUUUCAUUAUGUUGGAUUUCCUGUAGAAUUGAAUACACUGUAUUUUAUCAAUGCUCAUAAUAUACCAACAGCAAAUAUGAAUGAGGAUGCGCCUUCCAUAUCUGUGAAUUACACAUCACCAGGUUGCCUAGAUGGGGUAAUGAAGUUUAAAAAACGAUGUGUAGAAGUGGGAAGUCUCUGGGAUCCAAAACUCAUUGCCUGUAAGAAAGAGAAGUCACUGGAAGUGACCUUUACAACCAGUACCCUUGGAACGAAGUACUCCAUUUUGGUUGAGAUGGAUGACCCUAUUGGAGUGAUUAAGAAUUUUGAGAGAAAUCAGACCCGUGUUUCUGUAACAAUCGCAGUGCCUGAGGAAAGUGAAGGUGUUACUGUGCAGCUAAUUCCUUACUUCCCUAAAUGUGGCAAUGACUGCAUAAGGCGCAAAGGAACUAUCCUAACUUGCUCAGAACCAGGUGGAAGUGAUCGACUACUGAGGAACCUGAACCGCUCUACUCCCCAAGAUCUGUCUUCUACUGGGAAAAGAGAGAUCAUGGAAGAAAGAAGCAACAAAACCAUUUCGGUAGGAAGCCACUUGCUUUUAAUCUUACCUGCUUCAUUUGUAGUUACAUGGGUUCUUGCUGCUGGCGUAUAUUUGAUUUGGAGGCACGAAAAAGUUAAACAAGUGGUUUUCCAAGCCACAAAGCUACAACCACCCAUUAAAGUUUUGGUUGUAUAUCCAUCAGAUGUAUGUUUCCAUCACACAGUUUGCUGUUUUGCUGAAUUUCUUCAUGAUCACUGCAGAAGUGAUAUUAUUAUCGACAAGUGGCAGAAAAGGAAAAUAGCAGAAAUGGGCCCAGUUCAGUGGCUUGCCACUCAGAAGGAGGAAGCAGAUAAAGUCAUUUUUCUGCGUUCUAGCUGGAAUAUUACAAUGUGCGAAGUUACCUGCCACAAAGAUACCGGAGGCCAGAGUGAAAGUUCUCAAGAGCUGUUUAUGCUUGCAUUUAACCUGUUCUGCAGUGAUCUGAAAAGCCAGUCUUUGCUACACAAAUACAUGGUCGUCUAUUUCAAUGAAGAAAACUCCUCAGAUAAUUUUAGUGCCCUCAACCUUUGUCCCAAAUAUCAUCUCAUGAAGGACACUGAUCUCUUCUGUAGAGAUCUUCAAAACAUCUAAGAGCCCAUGCCAUGAGAAGGCAGAAAACAUCCAGUCACCCCAGAUCCUCACAGAAAUAAAGAAAAUACAAAGGAAUUUGUA